AAUCACAGUUCACAUAGAUCUAUCACAGCUGUUAAUUUAGUUUGAAACGUUUGAAACAAUGGGAUCCAAGAUAUUCGCUGCACUCGUAUGUUGCUUCGCUCUGGUGGUGGUCAGUGCCUUACCGUACGGACAUCAUGGACAUGGUCAUGGGGGUCACAGUGCUUCCAGUCAUGCUUCGGUGCAUUUAGUCUCACACGACGAUCAUCAAGAUCAUCACGGUCACCACGGUCAUCAUGGACACGGACAUGGACACGAUGAUGGUCAUGAUUCACACGCUGAGUACAAAUUCAAUUAUGGUGUUAAGGAUACGAAGACGGGUGAUAUCAAAGAGCAGAGUGAACACCGUGAUGGUGAUAAGGUGUCCGGACAUUAUGAACUGAUUGAAGCGGACGGCCACAAGAGAACUGUACACUAUACGGCUGACAAGCAUAGUGGUUUCCAUGCCGUCGUGCACCGUGAGCCCACGCACCAUCAUGUAGCUGAUCAUGGACACACCAGCUACCAUGGUGGACACGCCGAGGUUGAAUCCCACGAUGGUGGGGAUGCUGGUCAUGGCCACGGUCAUGAUUCUGGACAUGGUUAUAAACAUGGGCACGAAGGACACACUAGCUACCAUGGUGGGCAUGCCGAGGUUGAAUCGCAUGAUGGUGGGGAUGCUGGCCACGGUCAUGGUUAUGGACAUGGUCAUGAUUAUGAAUAUGGUCAUGAUCACGAUCAUUCUAGUGGCUUUUCAAUCAAACAAGAACAUGGUGUUGCAGUUCAUCAUCAUGGUGGACAUGAUUUCGGUGGACACAGUGGACAUUAGAUGAUUUAUCUGUACAAACUAAUAAUGGAUGUUUAUUUUUGUUAUGUAGAAAAUACUUUUAUUUUA